UGUUGAUCACGUGAUGUGGUUAGCGUGCGAAGGUUUGAUUAUCGUUGGGAAAUAAUGGAAAAAUAAAAUAGAAAAAUAUACUUCCCGCCUAACUCAUGGAAAAGAUUCUUCGAAAUGAAAAUGAUAUUAGCGGUGGGAUAGAAAAUGUUGCUGUCCCUCUCGAGGAUAAGGAAUAUUUGAAAAACUGUUCUGAUUUCGUGUAUUCUUUACAAAAUAUACCAAGUUUAGAAUUUCAAGAGAAAUCAUGGGCUGAAGAACUACAAGGUUGCGAAUGCGAAGCGGAAUGUAAUAGAGAUACUUGUUCAUGCGUUAAGCAGUGGGGAGCUAAUUAUAACUCUGACAGACUGUUAAUUGCAUCCUCUGAUAGACCAAUUUUGGAAUGUGGGAAAACGUGCUCAUGCUCUUCAGGAAACUGCCAGAAUAAAGUGGUUGGAAGAGGCGUUAGAUUAAAGCUUCAAGUCUUUAAAACUCCAGAUAAAGGGAUGGGAGUUAAGUGCUUAGAGAGUAUAAAGAAAGGAUCUUUUGUGAGCGAAUAUGUUGGUGAAGUAAUAGGAGUAAAGGAAGCUAAAACAAGAACAAAGUUUAUGGCUGAAAGACCCUCUUACUGCUGUAAUUAUAUACUUGGCGUUAGAGAAAAGGUGAAUGGUUCUGAUGUUGAUACAGUUUCAUUCGUAGAUGCAAUGUAUGUUGGAAAUGUCAGCAGAUUUAUAAAUCAUUCUUGCGAGCCCAACUUAAAAAUGGUUGUUGUCCGGCAUACUAACUUGAUCCCCAAAAUUGCUCUGUAUGCCUCCAGAACUAUCAAUGAAGGAGAGGAGUUAAGUUUCAGUUACGGACCGUCUUGUAAUAAAGCUAUUUUAGGCUCAACGAGAUCAUGUUUUUGUAAAACUGACAGUUGUUCUGGUUAUUUGCCAUUUGACGAUUCUCUCAUUGAAUCCAGUGAUUGA